AGCUCAGAAUGUUAAAGUCAACAACCUCUGCUGGUUGGUUAUUCAUUAGCAAAAAGGAGAGAGCCGUCCAGAUCCGGACUGGUCCAAAGAUAGGAGCAGACUUGAAACAGGGGGAGAGCUCCUGGCGAAAGCAAGGUGUGUAGGUUUUGCCAGGGGUUAGUAGCUUCCUCUUGCUAACUUUUUAUUGGGACAAAAGGCAAGAUGGCACCAUUCUGUUCUCAGAUAUUUGUCUAAAUAAAGCCCUUUUAAUUUUAUUUUAUUUUUGUUGUGCGAUUCUUAAGCAGAUACGAAGAAAAGAUACCUUCCUACUGAGCAGCUGCCCAGCUCCUGCUCCGUUUUGCUUGGGGGUAGCAGCUCCGGCCACAGAAAGCAAGCCGGUAAGUCUCUCCAGGUAGGACUUGCUGCAACCAGCUGCUGGACUGAUUUGAAAUGGGACUUUGCAUACUCUCCAAAGUAUGGUGAGUUGGUGCUGACUUCAAAGGUGCCUGGUGAAGGAAGAGAAGGUGGAUCGCAGAGACUAAGGGGAGAGGGAGAAGCCCUGCUCCUCUUCUCCCCACCAAGGCACAAUGAGCAACAUCUGUCAGAGGCUCUGGGAGUAUCUAGAACCCUAUCUCCCCUGCUUGUCGACGGAAGCAGACAAGUCAACGGUGAUUGAAAAUCCAGGGGCCCAUUGCUCUCCCCAGUCACAGAGGCAUGGCCACUACUUUGUGGCUUUGUUUGAUUACCAGGCUAGGACUGCUGAGGAUCUGAGCUUCCGGGCAGGUGACAAACUUCAAGUUCUGGACACUUCACAUGAGGGCUGGUGGUUUGCCAGACACUUGGAGAAAAGGCGAGAUGGCUCCAGUCAGCAACUACAGGGCUAUAUUCCUUCUAACUACGUGGCUGAGGACAGAAGCCUACAGGCAGAGCCGUGGUUCUUUGGAGCAAUCAGAAGAUCAGAUGCAGAGAAACAACUGUUAUAUUCAGAAAAUAAGACGGGUGCCUUUCUAAUCAGAGAAAGUGAAAGCCAAAAAGGAGAAUUCUCUCUUUCAGUUUUAGAUGGAGGAGUUGUAAAACACUACAGAAUUAGAAGACUGGAUGAAGGGGGCUUUUUUCUCACCCGGAGAAGAACCUUUUCAACACUGAACGAAUUUGUGAGCCACUACACCAAGACGAGUGACGGCCUGUGUGUCAAGCUGGGGAAACCAUGCUUAAAGAUCCAGGUCCCAGCUCCAUUUGAUUUGUCAUAUAAAACCGUGGACCAGUGGGAGAUAGACCGCAACUCCAUACAGCUUCUGAAGCGAUUGGGAUCUGGUCAGUUCGGCGAAGUAUGGGAAGGUCUGUGGAACAAUACCACACCAGUAGCAGUGAAAACAUUAAAACCAGGUUCAAUGGAUCCACGUGACUUCCUGAGGGAGGCACAGCUAAUGAAGAACCUAAGACAUCCAAAGCUUAUCCAGCUUUAUGCUGUUUGCACUUUAGAAGAUCCAAUUUAUAUUAUUACAGAGUUGAUGAGACAUGGAAGUCUGCAAGAAUAUCUCCAAAGUGAUGCUGGGUCAAAAAUCCAUCUGACUCAACAGGUAGACAUAGCGGCACAGGUUGCCUCUGGAAUGGCCUAUCUGGAGUCUCGGAACUACAUUCACAGAGAUCUGGCUGCCAGAAAUGUCCUUGUUGGUGAACAUAAUAUCUACAAAGUAGCAGAUUUUGGACUUGCCAGAGUUUUUAAGGUAGAUAAUGAAGACAUCUAUGAAUCUAAACACGAAAUAAAGCUGCCGGUGAAGUGGACUGCGCCCGAAGCCAUUCGUACUAAUAAAUUCAGCAUUAAGUCCGAUGUGUGGUCAUUUGGAAUCCUUCUUUAUGAAAUCAUUACUUAUGGCAAAAUGCCUUACAGUGGUAUGACAGGUGCCCAGGUAAUCCAGAUGUUGGCUCAAAACUAUAGACUUCCCCAACCAUCCAAUUGUCCACAGCAAUUUUACAAUAUCAUGUUGGAGUGCUGGAAUGCAGAGCCUAAGGAACGACCUACAUUUGAGACACUGCAUUGGAAACUUGAGGACUAUUUUGAAACAGACUCUUCAUAUUCAGAUGCAAAUAACUUUAUAAGAUGAACACUGGAGAAGAAUAUCAAAUAAUAAAGUAGCAAAACAAAUUCAAAUAGUCAGUUCCAAGGUACAAUGUUAUCAACCAACUCCACAAUCAGUUUAUCCUGACGUAUUCAAGUGAUAGGAUAAAGUUGGCCAUGUAUUAUAAAAAAGAUUAUUUGUGCAUUUUAUUGACUGGGCCACACUGAAAGACAAUCAAGGUGAUAUGUAAUUUCCUCACUGCCUGGUAAAAUUAAGCACACUAAACAAAGUUGUUUUUCUUUUUAAGAGAUACUUACAUUUCAAUUUAUUGUUUGAAAUGCCGAUCAAGAGAAUCAACAGAUGAUAGUCAGUUUUCACUCAGUGACUGUUGUAGCGUCUUCCUGUUUACUGAUUAGAGUGGUUAUUCAUUAUUCCUCAGAUUGCUGAAUCCCAUCAGGCUGUUAUUAUAAAGGAAUUUGACUGCUUUGCUGCACAGCAGGACCUGUGCUUUGAGAUUUUUUUUUUCUCUUUUAAAAUAUCCUGUAACUACAAUGAUGGUAAAGCCAUGUUAAAUGACUUGAUUGUACUUGGAGUAAUUGCACAUUUUUUUCUAUGCAUAAAAAAAUGAUGCAGCUGUUGAGAAAACAAAUUAAAAUCUUUUUCAUUUUGCAGAAGGAAAUGAUGGAAUUUUUCUAUACCUCAGUAUGUGUCAACUGAGAGUCUCAUACAUUAGUUUUAAUGUCUUAAUAUUGAGAAUCAGGUUGCAAAACUUAUGAGUUAUUAUCUAUGGAAAUGUGAGAAAUAUCUAAUAGCCUGUAAAGGCUGAGAAAUAAGUAUCAAAAUAGUUUAGGAAAAUGAGAGGAGAACAGUAGGAUUGCUGUGGCUUAGACUUCUGAGUAAUUAAUAAAGAAAAAGAAAUACCCUUUGGCCUACA